GAGAUGAUAUAAGUAAUUUUGUCACUUUCUUUUCGAAUUUACUUUUGCUCAGAAAACUUCAUGCUGUUCAUUAAUUUUCAGGAACUAUCUAUCAGAAAUUAUGUUAUUUGUAUAUGGGUGUGGUACAUCUAACUGCUUCUAACUUUUUUUUUUGGUAUACUAUCUACAAUAUUUUUCACAUUUUCAUGCGGCAUUUGGCAUGAAUAUGGUUUACUGAAUGAAACAGUUUGCCUUUUAUAUCUUCAAGAGUGAUUUAAUGUUUUUCUUAUAACAGAUUUCUCUCCUUGUGAUGUGUGGAUUUCUAAUGUACAAAGUACUAGUACUGUUAUAUGCGUAAGUAAAAGGAAUGGGGGGUUGUUGCUGUUGUUUCUCUUCUAGAGGAGUUGAAAAUAGUGCACCGGCAUAUUAUUAUAACCCAAGAGGCUCCGAUAGGCAUGUGCCUUUAUCUUCUCGCAAUGCUACUGCCUCUGCCCUCUCCUCCGGGCUGUUGGUUGACACAAAUCUGGAGGUAUCAGUUCCUGAUGCUUACCAACCUCCUCCUGCUCCAGUUCCAUUCGAUGCAGCUUUAGGACAUCCUCAAACUCCUUCAGCUGCCCAAGGAAUUCAUAACAGUAAGAGGGAUGACGCAGUGCAAACUACAAAUAUUUGUUUCUUUCAAGAAACAGUUGCUGUCAGCACUCAAAAAACUUCUAUAAAAUCUGAGGAUGCAAAGGAAUUGGAAUUUUCAAAACCAGCUGAACCAAUUGUGUCUACAAAGGAGGACGAUUGUUGUCCAAUCUGUUUAGAAGAAUAUGAAGCAGAAAAUCCAAAAAUUAUCACAAAAUGCGAACAUCAUUUUCACCUUGCGUGUAUUCUUGAAUGGAUGGAAAGAAGUGAGACAUGUCCUGUGUGUGAUAAGGAAAUGGUAUUUGACUUACCCACCUAUUAGUUUCCUGAUGCUGGACUCAAGUUUGACUGCUUGUAAUUAAGUUUAGUUGCAAAGGUUACAGCUUACUAAACCCAUCAGAAUUUCAGUUUUUACUGUUUACCCCUCAUUCAUC